AUGAAGAACAAGCAGAAAAGAAAAUUAUAUGUUCAUACAUCUCGAUCACGAUUUACCAAGAAAUCCAAAUUUAAUAAUCUAUCAAAUAGUAUUCCAAGUAUAACAGUUGCUUGGCUUGAUCCGAAGAAUAAUGAUUAUCUGAAUAGAAAAGCACGCUUACGCUCUAUUGGAAAUUAUUUACAAAAAUUUAAUGAUACUAAUUCAUGUAUUAAUUAUUUACUCUCAAUCAAAAACAACUUGAGAAAAUUAUUUCUUGUUCUUCCAGGUUCAUCUGGUCGAAAAAUAGUGCCAUUGAUUAAUGAUCAAACAAAUAUUCUAUUCAUUUACAUAUUUUGUGAAGAUAGAGAAAAACAUGAAGGAUGGAUAAAAUCUUAUUCAAAUAAAAUUCGAGGAGUUUUUAUUGAUAAACAUGAACUUUUGACAAAACUAAAUGAAGAUGUUGACUUUUAUACAAAAACAAUUCCAAUUUUAAUGAUCCCAGAAAAAGUAAAAAAAGAAGAAAAAUCGGUUCAUGAUUUGAGUAAAGAAGAAGCUUCGUUUAUAUGGUAUGGAUUAUUAAUUGAAAUAUUAAAUCGUAUGCCAUUAACAUCUGUCUCACGAAAAGAUCUUUUGAAUGAAUGUCGGAAAGAAUAUCAAGAAGAUCCAAUUGAAUUACGUAAAAUCCAAGAAUUUGAAGAAACUUAUAAUACAGAUAAUGUCAUCGAGUGGUAUACACGGGAUGCAUUUCUUUAUCGUUUACUCAAUCGAGCAUUAAGAACCCGAGAUAUCUCAAUCAUAUUUCGAUUUCGCUUCGUUCUUGUCGAUCUUCAUCAUCGAUUAACAUAUUUGCACAAUAAAUAUAUCCAAUCAUUAGAUGAUACUAAAAGUUUAACUGUUUAUCGUGGACAGGGAUUGAAGAUUGAUGAAUUAAAUGACCUAAAAAAUAACAUCAACGGUCGAAUAGCAAUGAAUAGUUUUAUAUCGGCAAGUCUUUCGUCUGAAGUGGCAUUAGAUUUUGCUGGUAAUGGUACUGGUCGACCAUUAUUUGAAUCAGUUCUAUUUCAAAUUGAAUGUCCUAUCAAGACUUCCACAAAGCCAUUUGCUAAUAUACAAAAAUAUAGUUAUUUAAAAACAGAAGAUGAAAUCUUAUUUACAAUCGGAGCAAUAUUCCAAAUUGAAUCCGUUGAACAAUUAACUGAUAAAAUCUGGCUUGUUACUUUAAUUUUAUGUGAAGAUGAAAUCAAUUCAAUCAAAGAUGAACUUAUUGAUAGUCUUAAAUCUGAAAUUGAUGAGACAGCUGAUGUUCUGACAUUAGCGAAAUUUCUAUUGGAAAUGGAUGAUUUAGAUAAAGCAGAAGAAUUUUAUACUUUAUUACUUAAUGAAUUACCAACUGAUCAUCCCGAUGUAAUAACAAUUAAAAAUGAUCUUGGAGGAGUAUAUAGAGAAAAAGGGCAAUAUUUACAAGCUUUAGAAACUCACCAACAAGCAUUGAACUUACAUCGAUUAUUAAUGCCAUCUGAUUUUGUUCAGCGUGCAGCUAUCUUUAACGAUAUUGGAUAUGUUUAUUUUGAAUUAGGCGAUUAUUGUCAAUCAUUAAAGUAUCACCAAAAAACAUUACGAAUUCGACGAAAACAUCAACCAUUCUAUAAAAAUCAUCUUGCGAUUACGUACAAGCAUUUAGGAAGUGUUUAUAAUGAAAUCGGAAAGAAAAAAAUAGCUUUAAGAUGUCAUAGAAAAGCUUUGGCAAUCGAAAGACAACACUAUCCAGAAGCUGAUCCACACCUAGGAAGUACAUAUAAUAAUAUCGGAGAAGUUUAUCUUUCAAUGCAGAAUAUUAAAAAAGCUCGAAUUUACUUGGAAAAAGGCCUUGACAUUAGAUUAAAAUCUUUGCCAAGUAAUCAUCGAAGUUUAGCAGUAAGUUAUAGUAAUCUUGCGCAAUUCUAUGAUUACAAUAACGAACAUGAAAAGGCCUUAGAAUAUCACCAAAAAUCACUAGACAUAUUAUUAAAUUGUUUGCCUUCAAAUCAUAUAGAAAUAGCAACUAUUUAUAACAACAUUGGCGAAUGUUUUAGUGAUUUAGGUGAUUUUACAUCGGCUCUGAUUCAUCACAAGAAAGCAUUAAAAAUUCGAUACAAUUUAUUGUCCACCUCUCGAGCACAGGCAGAAAUAGUUAUUUCAUAUUGUAACAUUGGUGUACUAUUUAGCGAUCAAAAUAAGUAUAAACUAGCCUUAAAAUACUUCCGAAAAGGCCUUAUAUUAGCAUCAACAUCUCCUGGAAAAAGCAAGUUACUAGCUAUGGUUUAUUAUGAUAUUGCUACUGUCUACCAUAAUAAAUCAAAAAUCAAUCUUGCAAUGAAAUAUUACAACAAAGCUUUAAAAUUCGAGUAUAAAGCUAAUAAGUCCAAUUCAAGUUUAGAUGUAGCCAAAAUUUAUUUUGGUCUCGGGCAAAUGUACGAUAAAAAAGAUGAUUACACUACCGCACUGAUCCAAUUCGAAAAAUCACUUGAGAUCCGAAGAAGAUGUUUAACUUCGGAUCAUUCUUUAAUUGAGGAAACAUUGAGUACUACGGCAUUUAUCUACAGCAAACAAGGCGAUAACGAUAAAGCUUUGGAAUAUUUCAAGGAAGCUUUAGAUUUGCAAAUGAAAUCUGAAUCAAUUUAUUUAGCAUCAACUUGUAUAAGUAUUGGUUCAAUUUAUCAUGCUAAAGGCGAUCAUCAAACCGCAUUGAUUUAUUACCAAAAUGCAUUGAAGUAUGCUGCGAAUGACAAUCCAGAGCUAGGAUCAUUGUAUUAUCAAAUAGGAUUAAUUUAUGACGAUAAAAAAGAUCUUGACAUGGCACUUGAAAAUUAUCUAAAUGCUUUGAAGUAUCCAUCGAAAAUUGAUUCAAUCAUUGACGAUGUUUACGAGAGAGCAGGCUCAAUCUAUCACACAAAACGAUAUUAUUCACAAGCAUUAAUCAAUCAUAAAAAAGCAUUGACUAUUUGUAAAAAUCGAAAAAGUGAUGCAACAGUAAUUUAUUAUCACAUCGCAUCGGUCUAUGAUGAUAAAGCCGAACAUACGAAAGCAAUAAAGUUUUAUAAAAAAGCAUUGAAGGAAUAUAGAGAGCAAAAACUAUCUCGCACGAAUUUACUUUCUAAAAUUUAUAAUAAUAUGGCUGGCAUCUACAUUCAAUCUAAUAAAUCUAAACUGGCUUUAAAUUAUUAUCGAAAGUCCUUAAAAUUAACACUACAUUCAAGCAUGUUCUCAGCUGAUUAUGCGGAUCUGGCUAUUGUUUAUAAUAAUAUUGGCACUGCCCGUAGUAUUUUAUCAAAUCAUAAAAUGGCUUUAGAGAACUAUGAAAAGGCACUCGAUCUUGUUUUAAAAGCAUCAUCAAGUAAUGCUUCAGUAAUCUCAAAAUACAAAGCCAAUAUCGCUCUUGCUAAAAGACAUUUGCUACUCACAAAUGAUUAA